UUUGUGGCCACCGCUAUUGAGUAGUGUCCCCCCCGCCGCGCCAUCCUGGUUCAUCAGUGUUCCAUCACCUAUUCGCCGUGAUCCGUACAUAGGUACCUAGUUACUGGAAUCGACGGUAAACGCGAGUGGCAAAAUCAUCCGGACGGUGUCGGUCGGUCGCGGUUGUUGGUAGUCUGUCGCUGGAGAAGGAAAUUUUAUAACUAGGCGCGGACGUGUCGUGAAAAACAGUGAAUUUCCGUGAAGGAAAAACUGCGUGUGAAGAAAAAUCCAUAACAAGUCCAAGCAUCCAACGAAAACGGGAAAAUAUAUAUAUAUAUAUCUUGCAAGUGAAGAGAGUUCGGCGGUGAGUCCGCACAGAGAUAGAGAGUGUGGGUGAGUGAGGAGAGGAAGCGAGGAAAUUCGGUGCUAGUGGAAGUGAGUGUUUAAAAUUAAAGAGGAAGAAAUGUCACUUGAAUGAGCAAAUCCCGGUGCCGCAGUCGCCUAUCGUGCAAGGUGAAGAAAAUUUUCGAUUUUUCAUUUCUGACGAGUGACGAGUGUGUGACGUCAUCAAGAGUGAAGUGAAGUGCGGAAGCAUAACAGACGAAUGUGAGGAAAACACAACAGAAGGACAUAAAUAGAGUGCGAAUUGUUUUUUUUUCGUUGAUUGAAUAUUGCUAAAAGAUAGGAAAAAGGGAGCAGAAGGUGAAUCAAGUGCAGAGGACCAGCACAGAAUGAAUCCCACAAUCAGCGAACACGAGGCGGCCGCGCUGGUGGCGGAAAUGUUCGACCAUUUCUGCGCCGCGACCACCAUGCGCCAGGUGCUCGGCCUAUACAGAAACAUGUGUGAUAUCCUCGGUCUGAGGCCGGGCCCUCUGAACGAGUUCUAUCCAAAGUUCAAAGCGAAAAUUCGCAAUUGGAAGGCGCAGGCCUUGUGGAAAAAGUUCGACGCCCGUGCCUCCCACCGGGUCUACAACAAAGGCACUGCCGCCAGCGGCACCCGUGUACUAGUCAUCGGCGCAGGACCCUGCGGUCUGCGUUCGGCAAUCGAAGCACAACUGCUCGGUGCUAAAGUGGUUGUGGUAGAAAAACGUGAUAGGAUUUCUAGGAAUAACGUACUACAUCUGUGGCCAUUUCUGAUCACCGAUCUCAAGGCGCUCGGAGCGAAAAAAUUCUACGGUAAGUUCUGUGCCGGCUCGAUCGAUCACAUCUCGAUCCGGCAGUUGCAGUGCAUCCUGCUGAAGGUGGCCCUGCUGUUGGGUGUCGAAGUGCACGAAGGAUUGUCCUUCGAGCGUGAGCUCGAACCCAAAGAUGGCUGCGGUUGGCGAGCGGCCGUCUCCCCGGAGGACCACGCCGUAUCGCACUACGAGUUUGACGUACUGAUCGGUGCCGACGGUAAACGAAACACGCUCGAAGGUUUCAAACGGAAGGAAUUCCGCGGAAAGCUCGCCAUUGCCAUAACUGCCAACUUCAUCAACAAGAAAACCGAAGCGGAAGCCAAGGUCGAAGAAAUCAGUGGCGUAGCGUUCAUCUUCAAUCAGUCGUUCUUCAAGGAGCUAUACCAAACGACCGGUAUCGAUUUGGAGAACAUAGUCUACUACAAAGACGAAACGCAUUACUUCGUAAUGACGGCCAAAAAGCACAGCCUUCUGGAUAAAGGUGUGAUAAUUCAGGACUACGGCGAUCCGGCUGAACUGCUAUCGUCUGCGAAUGUAGAUACCGCCAAACUGCUGGACUAUGCCCGGGAAGCAGCGAAUUUUUCCACCAAAUAUCAAAUGCCGAACCUGGAGUUCGCCGUCAACCACUACGGCAAACCGGACGUGGCGAUGUUCGACUUUACAUCGAUGUUCGCAGCAGACAAUUCGUGUAAAAUUACAGUCCGCAAGAACUACCGGUUACUUUCCUGCCUCGUGGGUGACAGUCUACUGGAACCGUUCUGGCCCACCGGAUCUGGCUGUGCUAGAGGGUUCCUGUCCAGUAUGGACGCCGCUUACGCGAUAAAACUGUUUUCCAAUCCGAAGAACAGCCUUCUGGCGGUGCUUGCGCAGCGGGAAUCCAUCUACCGACUGCUCGCACAAACAACUCCGGAGAAUCUACACCGGGACAUCGGAGCGUACACGUUGGAUCCGUCCACUCGGUAUCCCAACCUGAAUAAAUCGUCUGUGAACAUGAUCCAGGUGAAGCACCUACUGGAUACGGACGACCCGGCACUGUUAGAUCAAAUGUUCCUGGAUACGAACUCGCUCACAGCCGGACCGGAAGUUACCAUCACCAAGCGCAAGCGACGAACCAACGAUACGGUACCGUUGGGUACCGUGCUGCUGCGGUGGGUCAAGUCACAGCUCAAGGGAAACGAUUUCGUGCAAGAGCUGACGGAUGCCUCCCAGUGCUUCACCAACGGCCGAGUGCUGUGCACUCUGAUCAACCGAUAUCGGCCGGAUUUGGUGAACCUGGAGGAACUGGAUGGGUGUGCGCCGGACGAGUGCAACGAGCUGGCCAUUUCCAUCUUCGAAGAUCAUCUAGGAAUCCCACGGAUCAUGUCCGGUCAGGAGUCCCUAACGCUGGCCGGUGCCGAUUCCAAGCUGUGGCUCAACUAUCUGGAGCAGAUAUGCGAAGUGUUCCGUGGAGAGAUUCCGCACGUCAAGCACCCGAAGCUGGACUACGCCGAGUUCAAGCAGAAGCAACAGAUCGACAGCAUGGAAGAGUUUUCCAAAUUACGAAGGUUCGCGGCCAACCGGAUGGCCGCUAUGAACGCAGCAGCAGCAACAGCAGCUGCACCGGCCGCCGUUCCGGUCAUUGUUGCCGGUCCCGGUGGUGCCGGUGCGAGAAAGUCAUCCAACUACCACCACGCCAACGAAGAGGAACGCAUCAAGCGUAGCCGGAAGGUGCUGGGCGCAGAAUCUAGUCCAAUGGCUUCCCCACAUGCCGACACAACGAAACGGGCGAAGAAACGCCGCAGCUACGAGAAGUUUGGCAAUAUUGAGGAACGCACCCGCCGCCUGCAGGAGAUCGAAGCGAACCGGUUCGAUCGGCAGACGAAGCGACGCCUGGCGCGGGCCCAGCAAACGCAAAACUUCUUCACCAGCCUCCACAUGCUGCAGGCUAACACUUUACUGCGGGAAAGUGGUGACAGUUCCAGCGCAUUCGAGGACUACUCGCUCUUCCUCUACCGACAGGAGGCGCCGGAGUUUGGCGAUCGCGUCAAAGAGCUGGAACGGAAGCUGCUCUAUCCCGAUCGCGAUCGCGGCCUAGCAGCGGCAUAUCCGAAAGGGCUGGCCGGUGCCGAUGGCGAACAGUUUAGCGAUCGGAUCAAAUCGAUGGAGCAACGGAUCGGCGGCAAGCAUGUUCCGAUCGCCGAGAAGAAGCCGAAGGAUCUGCUGCGGGCGAUCGGCAAGAUCGACAGCAGCGAUUGGAAUGUGAAGGAGAUCGAGAAGAAAAUCGAACUAUCGAAGAAAGCGACCGACAUUGGCAAGAGCCGUGAACGCGUUCCGAAGUGGAACCGCGAGCAAUUUUUAGCUCGCCAGAAUAAGCUCACUCAGCAGCCGGACGACGAAAAGUACAGGGACAUUGACAGUUCACUGAAAGCGAUCGAUCGACAGCUGAAGGAGGGCCACAAUCUCGAUCUAGGCGAGCGCGGUAAGAAUAAGGUAGCUUCCAUUGCUGGACAGCUACUCAGCACGAAGCAACAACAGCAACAGCAACAACAGCAGCAGCAACCAGAACAACAUCAUCAUCAUCAACAGCAGCACCAAUCGAAUCCGAAAUCGACCUCCAAGGCCGCGCUGGUUCUCACUUCGUCCGGCGUAGCCGAGAAGUGCCACUUCUGCAAGCAGCGCGUCUAUUUGAUGGAAAAGAUUUCCGCCGAAAACCUGAUCCUGCACAGAUCCUGUCUCAAGUGCCACCACUGCCAUACCAAUCUUCGGCUCGGAGGAUACGCCUUCGAUCGGGACGAUCCCGAGGGCAAGUUCUACUGCACGCAGCACUUCAAACUGCCUUCGAAAACAUACAAACCGGUGCCGAAGAAGUCGCUGGCUCGGGCACCCCAAGCGGACGGCAGCAAACAACCAUUGGCGAUCUCGGCCGAAGCUGCAGCUGCCGCCACACAGCCUUCGACGCCGGAUUCGAAAUCGUCCGGAUUCACAAACUUCGAUCUGCUCGAUCGCGGAGAAACACCGGAGCGUAUCGAGUUCGAAAACGCCGACGAGUCCAUUUCGGACGGCGAGGCAGCGAUGGAGGUCAUCGACGAGAACGAGUGGACCGACCGAAACUUCGGUACCGAAUCGGACGAAUCGGAGGUGGACACCUCCAGUUCGGAUGAGUCGGAUAGCGAAAGCGAUUCGGACUACGAAGAAGCGGCCGGAUCUCCACUGGGUGCGCAGACGCUUCAGCUGGCUUCGGAGUGGAUCAGCGAUAAGCGGUUCACCAGUAUGGUCGAUAGCGAUGAUGACUUCUACGGGUACUCCAGUGAAGAUGACGAAGCGGAUUCGCAGACUGAAGGCGAAGAACUGGCUCGUGCUCGUGAGAUGCGAAUGCAGGAAGUCAAACUGAUGCCACCGCCUACGAUGCCUACCGACACGGAAACCGAGGGUGCAUCCGAUUCGGAAUCGGCUUCGGAGGAGAUCAACUCGGCGACGGAGAUUUCCACCGAUUCCGAGUUCGACCACGAGCCGACCCAUCGGCUGCCGCCGCGAAUCUUCAUCGACGAUACGCACCUGCGUCGACCGGCUAGAGUACAGGUUAAGCAAGUGACAAUCGACAACGGCGUCCGUCAGCGUCGGCAGUUUGUGGUCCCCGGUGGUGGUGGAGCUCAUCAUCAUCAUCAUCAUCAGCAACAAGCAACGUCACCGCACAAUCCGUCGUACCGGUUCGAUCGGCACCGGAAGGACAUCCACCUGGAGUUCAAACCCCUGGUCGAGGUGGACCCAUCAAUCAAGCUAAGCCACAAUCGGGCCACCCCCCUUGCGAUACCACGACCCGGCGAUUACACGCUCAGCAAAACGGCCAGCACCGAAGGCAUCGCGUCGAAGAAGAGCCUGGAGCUGAAGAAGAAGUACCUGCUCGGCGAACCGACCGGUGGUAGCGGGGUGCUCAAGAGCGGAUCUGCCUCGGCGCUGGAUUCCAAGUUCAAGAGCUUCCAUUCGAACAUCACCGAGUGCCAGAAGCUGUUGAAUCCGGCACCGGAGAUCAGUCCGACGAUGCAGACGUUCCUGCAGAAGACGGCUUCGGUACCGGCACCGUCUCUGCUGUCGCUGCGAAAGGAAGCACUGCUGGCAGGGAAAAACGAGGAGAAGGAGAAUGUGUACGAUGGUAAAAUUAUGGUCGGUCAGAAGCGGUACGCGGAGACCGUCAAUGCAACGCUGGUGGAGAACAAGCUGAACGAGAUGAAGCGUGAGGAGGAAGGAAAGAGGGAUGAUCGUCCGAACAACAACGAGAGGAUCAUUGAGACGAUUGAUCUGAUCACACCGGAGAAGGAGAAGAGGGUGCAGGAUGACAAUCGGAACGGGGCGCAAGCGCUGCAGAAGAACGAGGAAGAUGAAGGAGAUAAGAUUGUGGAGAUGAGGAACAUGUCCAAUUUGAAGCACAUGUUUAUAGAUUUGACGGCGGAUUCGCCGAACUGUGAUCGGUCGUUGGUGGAGACUACGCUGAACUUCAGCAUGACUCCACCUUCGGCUAGGGGGGUCCCGGUGCAGACUAAUGGGGAGUUGAAACAUAGCGUUCCGGAUAUAAUAAGCAAUAUUAAGAUCGAUAAGAAUGAGAAUGCAGUCGAAGAGGUGGUGGUCGAGGAGGAACAGGAACGUACGCGAAGUCCGGCGCAUGAAACUUCUAUCCAAGUUCCGGACAUGGGAUGGAAUAAAGAUCAAGAGGACGACGAAGAGGAUGACGAUGAGGAGGAUGAAGAAGACGAAGUGGAUGAGGAGGACAUUGAUUCCGAUAGCAUAUCGGAUUCGUCGUCGUCGAGCACCUCCAGCGUGGAUGAUAUUCCGCACUUUAUUCUGGACUCGACCACCAGUCCAGAGACGCAGAACGAUGAGCGGUUCGUGCCUCGGGUGGAAGUUCGUGACACCGCGGGUGAGUUGAUGCAAAUCGAUAGUCUGAUGAUUAUCGAUGGAAAGUACAUCGGAGAUCCGGAGGAUCUCAAGCUGCUGGAGAAGCUACCUCCGGACACCAAAAUUGCCGUAGAAUUAUCACGACAGGAGAUGAAUAUGGACAGUAUAUGUGUUGCUCUAGUUGAGGAUCCUAGAGAAGAGGAUUCAGAGGAAGAUCUGGAUCGCGAUCGAACCCCGACACCUCCGAAGGAAGUGAUAAGCCCCGUUGUGCCUAUUCCAUUAUCAGUUCAGGAACUGGAAUCGACCCAGCAGCCGUCGCCGCCAUCCAAACCUGCUUCUCCGGUUUCGCAACCAUCUAGUCCUAGUCAACCGAAGCCGGACUUGAAGUUCGACUCUCGCAACGAAAACAAGCUGGAAUCGUUGAUCAACCUCCCGCUGGUGCUAGAUCGUAACAAUCAACCUGUACAGAAACCCCGAAAUCUCACCUUUUCUAGUCGUACAUCGCCGGACACCGACGCGGAGAAGACUCCGUUGGCACCUUCGCAGCUGCUACCGCAACUCGCUAAGGCUGAAGGUUCCGACUCGGAGACGGAACUGACGGCGCAGAAUCUUACGGAGACAGAGCUUUCCGACUGGGCCGCAGAAGAUGCCGUAUCGGAGAACUUUGUUGACAUUGAGUUUGCGCUGAACUCGAACAAAGGAACGAUCAAACGGAACAAGCCGAAGCAUGGACGGCUGCAGCAGAAGAAAGCUCUUUCCAGUACGUUGACUCCGAUUGUCGUUUCCAGGCAACCGCAGCAGCUGCAGCAGCAGCAAGUUCAACAGCAAUCGUCAGAGGACGGAAUCAUGAAGAAUCUAGCGAUUGAGGACAUUGAAUUCAUGGACACCGGAUCGGAGGAGGAAAGUUGUAUCGAAAGCUAUUCGACCACCAACCGUACGAUGUUGAAAAAUAGAGGUUAUGUGGAGUUUGUCGACCCGAGCGAUCCCAUGAAGACGCUGUAUUCGAUCGGCGGAAAUGGAAAUCAGCAUCCGAACCUGAGUUACAUGCAGGUGAUCAAGCCGAAGUUGGUGGAAGCUGUCAACAAGCAGGUCGCCGGGGUGGACUACAUCGAACAGGGUGCCUAUUUGCUCAACAGCGGUUCGACGGACGAUUCCAAAACGCCGAUGAAUGAGGAACCGCCGACCAAGAUCACGUUCAGUGAUCUGGCCGCCCAGAACAAGAUGUUAUUGGAUCCGGUCAUGAGCCAACAACAACCGGACAGCUUGAAUGACAUGGAAGAGGAUAGUCUGCUGGUGGUGACUUCCUCGCAGGGAACCGGUGAAACCACUACAGAAGAAAGCGAAGCACCUACGAUUGUGGCGGGUGUGUUGGACCGCACGGGAACUGCUACUACCGGAAGUGGAAGCAGCGGCCGCGGUAGCGUCAGUUCCUUCAGUUCGAAGCAUCUGGAAGCGGAUAAAUCUUCCGGUAGUCCGGUGCGAAAGGUAUCCACAGAGUCCAGCUCCGGUGGAAAGAAAAGCAGUUUGGAGAGAAAUCUUAGAAAAGACUCGCUCAAGAACAACAUCGAGGACAUGGGAUACGAUGAAUACGUGAAGCGACUGCAACAGAAGAUCGCACAGAUUAGCAAUGCGCGAGACUCGCUGGAGAUUAAAAAGAACAAGCGCAAAACGUCGAAAGGAGAGAUCGGAUCGGACGAGAAAUCAACGGAUCUGUCAGCGGCCGGCCACGAAUCAGCAGCGGCGAAACCUACAGUUUCGAGCAUUUACACCGAACAAAGUUCAAUCGAAGUGCCAAAAAGUGUGGAGAAGAAGAUCGAAGAGAUCACGAAGGAACGUGUCAAGCAGAAGGACAUCAUUCACGAUCUAGUCAUGGAUAAGCUGCAAACGAAGAAGCAGCUAAAUGCCGAGAAGCGCCAGAAUCGAAGUCGCAAUCGUAACAACGGUCUCGGUCAUCCACCACUUCCGCCCAGUCAAACGACUGCCUAUCAACCGAUCGCUCCCGAACGAAGGAAUCGGCUUCUCAGUCAGGACGGCACUGAAUCCCCUAAUAAUCAAUCGUACAAUUCGUGUUCCCUGAUACAUUCUACUCCGGCUCCAACCUUCCCGAAUAAGGAAAACAUUGCCUUCAAAACCCCCUCGGCUUACAUGGUCACUCCCCGAAAUGCCGUCGCCAGUGUGACGAAACCUACCGACGAAACCCUCACCCUAACGGAGCAACUCCGCGAAGAAGCACGAGCCCGAGCUCGGCUCAAAUCGAACCAAGAUCUAGGCCUUUCGCCGGAAGAUCGCGUCCAGCUGCUGCGCAAGAAGUUCCACAUCAACCUGCGGGAACUGAACGACCAGGAAUCGCCCCUGCUGCAAAAUAAAUCCGAUGACACGAAAUUCAAGGAACGGCACCACUCGCACUCGAAACUGAUGACCUCCAAGAGCGUCAACGAUGUGUCGAUUCUGAAGAAUCUGAGCAACGAUCCGGACUUCGUUUCGCCGACGGACGGUGGCAUCGGCUCCGGCGGUCCGAUGCCGAUGAGCGGGAGCAAACUUCAGGAUUACGUUUCCGAUCCGAAUCUGGUGCAGAGUCCGAGUACCGGUAACAACGGUGGUGCGGGCGACGAGGUGCGACUGCGAACGCGAAGCAAGUGCAAGGAUCGUGAGCGCAGGAAGAGCAUCAUCGAGAAGGUGUCGGAGUUUUUCAACAGUCGCAAGAAGGAAGCGGGAAGUGGCAGUGGUACCGGUGGCGGCAGUAAGGAUUCUUCGCCGACGAAAGAGAACAAGAAGGAUGGCUUUGUUGGUGGUGGUGGUGAUGGGCAGCAGCUAGCGGUGCAAGGUAGUAGCGGUAGUGGCAGCUCAUCGACGACGACCACCGGCGGUGGGUUCUUGAGGUUUAAAAUCUCGCCCAAACUGAAGGAUAAGUCCAAGUCAUGCUUCGAUGUGAGGAAUAUUGGGUUUGGUACCAAGGAAGGCUCCCCGUACGAACGGUGUGCUUCCGAGGAUUGCUUGAAGCAACCAGCCCCAUCCAGUGCAAGUCCGUCUGGGCGUGACACCACGACAACGCCGACCAGCAGUCCGACCGGUUCUCCAUCCUCGUCGACCAACAACGGCAACGCACCAUCAUCAACGGCCGGCAAUCGAUUCACACCGAUCGGUCGCAAGGAAGCGGAAGAACUGGAACCUCCGCCGAUUCCACCACUGCCGCUCAACUAUCAGAGAUCCGAUGACGAAAGUUGCACCGCAAACGAGCCAAAGAACGAACUGAAGAAACUGCGUGCAAUGACGAAGGCAUCGCGUCAAGCUGAAUUGAAAAGACUGAGAAUUGCUCAAGAGAUACAACGAGAGCAGGAGGAGAUCGAGGUCAAGAUCAAGGACCUGGAGACGCGGGGCGUCGAGAUCGAGAAGGAGCUGCGGGGCGAAAGCGAAUCGCUCGAGAAGAACAUCGAGAACCUGGGCGCCAACGACGAGGGCCUGGUCAAGGAGUGGCUGGAGAUCAUGCGCAACAUCACCCGGCUGAAGGUGCGGGACGAGGAGCUGAGCAUACGGCAGCAGGAACUUCAGCUCGAGCAUCGGCACGCGCAGCUCAAGGAGGAGCUGAACAUGCGACUGUCGUGCAGCAAACUCGACAAAAAUUCGUCGGACGUCGCGGCCGAGGGUGCUAUCCUGAACGAAAUGUUGGAAAUCGUGGCCAAACGGCAAGCGCUGCGACCGUCGCUGGACGCUGCGGCGGCGGCUGCUGCAGCGGCAGCGGCUGCCGUCGGAGUGCCCCAUUCCGCCGUCGCCGCCGCCGUUGCGUCCCCAUCGACGAGGAUGACGAAAGAUUCCGAUGUAAGCACUGGUGAUGAAGAUGGUGGUGAUGAUGAUGAUGGUGAUGAUGGAGAUGAACAUCUUGUUGAGGAAGAUGGUGUUGAUGAUGGUGGUAACACUUGUGUGACUGUAGAUAGCGAUCUAAAACCAACCAAUGUGAUCUAGGAAACUUGAUUCCACCAUCCAACAGCAAUCCUCGUUUGCUCCCAUGGAGGAAUUGAAUCGAAUCGAAUUGCUACGGAACGACCAAUUGGCUAGCCCUCAGCAAACUGAUCCGCAUCCGAUGUUGUCCUUCUAUUUCAUCUACUCCCAUACUUAGUUGGUAGGCUGGAAAGUUGUACAUUUGUAAAUCAGUUAAGAAUUCGUGUGCAUCGUGUGACGCAGCACUACUCUACCUUAUAUGAUAGCGUGUUACCCUCGGUAUUUGUUUCGCCCCAAAAAUAAUUGUGGAAAUCGAAAACGAAGUUGGAUAGGGAGUUAAAAAAAAAUGCAAAUAAGCUGCCACUAGGACAGACUGCGGAAUAGGGACGACCAAGACAAGUUUUUUUUUAAGUCAGGAAAGUCGGUCAAUAAUUUUUAGUUUGUCAUUUCAAUUUUCUUUUAUUAUCGUUAUUCGCUGAAAUGUGUUUCUGAUUCUAUACUAUGUUUAUUAUUAUUUGUUGACCAGAGUUAACUACUUCGCAUGACAGGAUUGUGUUCAUUUGCUUGAAAAGUGAAUGUGUAUUGUAAAAAGCGUCUUAUGUUUUUUUUCCUGUGUUCGUUGUACAAAGUGUUGUUCAAAGCUCUAUACAAUUAUACGAUAGUAGGUUUUCGUGCUCUCCUAGUUUCAUUGUGCAAGUUUUAUUUAUUUUUGUUUCGUACUGCUGCAAUGAUCUAGAAAUAGAUUUUUCUUUAGUUUAAUUAUUCUGUAUUUGCUUGAGUAGUCCAAUUUACAUUUCUUUGGUUUCGUAAACGCCCUCACACUGACAGACACCGACUCUACUACCUACACUGACACACGAACAAGAUUCGCACAGGACGGACGCACAUAUGGAUUGAAUCAUUUGAGUAGGAAUUAAAAUUAAAGAACGCAAACCCAAACGAUCUUCUUUGUAUCGAACAAAAGGUAUACCCUACAGACAUCUUAUCAUCGCUGCUAGUAGCUUCGCUAGGUUAGGAAGUAACGAUGAUUUUCUUGUGACUUUUUGCAGUAUUACGUAAUUUUUAUAGGAAACAAAAUGAAAGAUAAAUUUUAAAAACAAACUCUUAACCACAACCCCGCCCCCUCCCCUCUAAUCGAAUAACCCCCACAAUAAACAAAGAUGACAAUUUAUUAACCCGAUGGCUGAAGUACUGACAGUACGAGAGAAAUGAAACGAGUUUCGAUUUUGAUAGACAUUAGCUGAAAACAAAAUGAUAGGAAUUUACGGAAGGAAUUUUGAACGUUGUUGUCGCUCGUUAUAAGAUACAGGAAACAAAAUUGAAUUAAAAAAGCAAUCGAGUCAGAGAGUCGACGGUGUUGUAGAUAGUUUCGAACAAAGUAAGCUUAAAAGGUUCUAAUCUAAAAUUAAAGCAGUUCAUAGUGAAAAGGUACAGUGCUUCUCGUUCCGGACGGAAAGCGGUUCGACACAUGUUUGAGAAUUCAUCAGGAAAGGAAAUUCUAUAUUUUUAGGCGUUGUUCCCAUAACUACCAAAACAAUUGAAUAGAAAUGAUGCGCCAAACCCGUGCGUGCGUGGAAAUCAUAACAGAACAAAGUAAACGAACAAACAAACAAACAGCUACAGUGAACAAAUUACAAAUUAUUAUCUAACAAAUUAAAACUCUUAUUAACUAUCUAGAACAGAGGAACACUUAACCGAAACAAAAUGAAAACAAAUUAAAAAAAAACAAGGAAGCUUUAAUAGAUCUUGAUCCAGGAAUAAAAUGGAAUAAUGAA